CAAUACAACACACACAAAAGAAAAGACGGAGAAAAAGAACGAUAGAAACCAAGAAAAGACAAGCUUUUGGCUCGACGAAGGACGCUUCUUCUUGUUCUUUUUUUUUUUUUAAUAAAUCGCCCUCGCAGUUUUGAACCUCUCCAGACGUGAGCUCGGACUUCCCUCAGCGACUUUUCAGGCAAAAUGGGGAAACAGAACAGCAAGCUGACCCCCGAGGUGAUGGAAGAUCUGGUGAAGAACACGGAAUUCAAUGAACAUGAGCUGAAGCAGUGGUACAAGGGUUUCCUGAAGGACUGCCCCACCGGCCGUCUUAACCUCGAGGAAUUCCAGCAGCUCUAUGUCAAGUUCUUCCCUUACGGCGACGCAUCCAAGUUUGCCCAGCACGCCUUUCGGACCUUCGACAAGAACGGCGAUGGCACCAUCGACUUCAGAGAGUUCAUCUGCGCGUUGUCCAUUACAUCGCGGGGCAGUUUUGAGCAGAAGCUUAACUGGGCCUUCAACAUGUAUGACCUGGAUGGAGAUGGCAAGAUAACACGGGUGGAGAUGCUGGAGAUCAUCGAGGCAAUCUACAAGAUGGUGGGCACGGUGAUCAUGAUGAAAAUGAACGAGGACGGGCUGACGCCCCAGCAGCGGGUGGAUAGGAUCUUUUCCAAGAUGGAUAAGAACAACGACGACCAGAUCUCGCUGGAGGAGUUCAAAGAGGCGGCCAAGAGCGACCCGUCCAUCGUAUUACUCCUGCAGUGCGACCUCCAGAAAUAAGGUGAACGGCGAGCGGAGCAAACCAACCCCCGACACGACGCCACCGCCGCCACGGACUGCACAGAAAGAAUUUCAUGUUCCAUUCAGUUUGCAGCUAUUUCCACUGAACAACAACAGAAAAAAAAAUUUGCUUGGACUAUCUUUCAAUGGAUCUCGCUUCUUGUGUUUGAAACACUCGUGUGCAUGAGAAUGUCAUUUGCUUCAACAAAAAAUAAACACACAAUGCAAUCACACACACACACACAAUGCAAUGACACACACACACGCAACACACAAUAUGCCACUGUAUAUGAAUACCACGCACAAGUAAUAAAGAUAUAUAAAUAUAUAUUUAAAUUAUUUAAAGAUCAGAUGCCAAAA